CUGACAAUGAAGUCAUCAACCAUCACCUACGUGAAGUUUUGUUGGUUACUGUCUUUUCAUUCCUGCGGGAGAAACAUCCAGACUAAAUGAGGAUGUCAUUAGACUAGUCAAUUGUUAGCCUUGCCACUGGAUUUGAAGUUUCGCUGUUUAAGCAUGCAUCCUAGAAUUCGAUGACCAUUGAAGAACCCAUGAUUAUUGGUUUCCAGACUCAUUCUCCACUUAAUCAUAUAACCGAUUUCUUCCCCAAUAUGGCCCUCCUUUAUCUGAGAAGUUGUUCCCCCAUCAUUGUUUAGAUCAAAAGACCACUUAGGACGUUGUUCUCAUAAUGGUUAUAGCUUGUUCUUUUCUGUCUGGUUAUAAUUUGUUACUCUUUAGACUGAAAAAUCAACUCAUCUGAAGCGCAAUGAUAUCCACCAUGUCUCGUGAUGUCUAUUGUGGCAAAAGCAUGUGGAAGGACCAUUGAUGGUGAUGUGCAAAAGAUUUUUUCAGAGAUAUAUUGCACCUUUUAGCAGAAGGAGUUCCGAUGGGUGCAUAUAAUCCUAAUUCAAAGAAGACUUAAUAUAUCGAACUUGUUACAAAAUUGCUGGCUUUUUGAGUGUUCUAUAUGUCCUUGAUGAAUCUACACAGCACUAAUUAGUUUUGAUACAUGCUGUGCAUACAAAUAUCUGUUCGUUGACGCCAAAUGGAACAAUUUAUCUCACUCCUUACUUGAUGCAGAACAUGUCACCUCGGUGGUACAUACGCAAUUUUGAUCAGCCUGGUGCUCGUAUGAUCCAUUUAUCUUAUCAUGAUGAGGAACAUUACAACAGUGUGAGGUUGAAGGAAGACACUGGAGAUGGGCCAGCUAGGCCAAUUACAAUCAAGCAAAAGCUGGGUCAAACAAGUCUAAAUCAGGAGCUGGUAAGGAUAUUACUGAUGCUGGAUCCAUCAAGCUAGUCAUGGCUGGAAGUGGUUGUGAGAACAUUGAGAAAGUUGAGCAGACACUGCUGCAAAUGUAUGGGGAUGUUGAUGCUGCCAUAGAGUAUUUGAUAGCAGAAAAAGGUAUUGAAGAUUUUUCAGAGGAAGCUGUCCAGUCUCCCUGCAAUGCAGAUGCUUCUCAUGGUGAUGAUGCCAGUGGAAAUUCUGAGGAACAGAGAGAGGAACCUGUGGAAGAGGCCAAUGAAGAAAAUCCACCUAGCAAUAGCGCUAAACGGACUAAUGAUGAUGGCAGUGCCCAGCGAGAAGACAAGAAAAUUCCAAGAAACAAGAAUUGUCCAUGUGGUUCAAAAAAGAAAUACAAGUCCUGUUGCGGGUCAGGGACAGAGAAAGUCUCUGCAAUUUCCAAAAAAGGUAGAAAGGAAAAGAAGCAAGGCAAGAGAGGGUCUGACGCAUCUGCACAGUGGAUCUGA